AUGGGGGCCGGAGCGAGCGCCGAGGAUAAGCACUCCAAAGAGCUGGAGAAGAAGCUGAAGGAAGAUGCCGAAAAGGAUGCCAGAACUGUCAAGCUGCUGCUGCUAGGUGCUGGAGAAUCAGGCAAAAGCACAAUCGUCAAACAGAUGAAAAUUAUCCACCAAGAUGGUUACUCGCUUGAAGAGUCCAUGGAGUUCAUCGUCAUCAUCUACAGCAACACCCUGCAGUCCAUCAUGGCCGUCGUGAAGGCCAUGGGCACAUUCAAUAUCAAUUUUGGCCACUCUGAUCAGCAGGAUGACGCCAGGAAACUCAUGCAUCUUGCAGACACCAUCGAGGAAGGCUCCAUGCCCAAGGAGUUGUCGGACAUCAUUCUGCGCCUGUGGAAGGACACUGGCAUCCAGGCAUGCUUUGAGAGAGCCUCCGAGUACCAGCUCAACGACUCCGCUGGAUACUACCUGAGUGACUUGGAGCGGCUGGUCCAGCCAGGCUAUGUGCCCACUGAGCAGGACGUGCUGCGAUCAAGAGUGAAGACCACCGGUAUCAUCGAGACCACGUUUGGCCUCAAAGACCUGAACUUUAGAAUGUUCGAUGUGGGGGGGCAGAGGUCAGAGAGGAAGAAGUGGAUUCAUUGUUUCGAAGGCGUGACCUGUAUCAUCUUCAUUGCUGCUUUGAGCGCCUACGACAUGGUGCUGGUGGAGGAUGAUGAAGUGAAUCGAAUGCACGAGAGUCUGCACUUGUUCAACAGUAUCUGCAACCAUCGCUACUUCAUCGCCACCUCCAUUGUCCUCUUCCUCAACAAGAAAGACGUGUUCCUUGAGAAGAUCAAGAAAGCUCAUCUCAGCAUGUGCUUCCCUGACUACGAUGGACCCAACACCUUCGAGGACGCUGGUAACUACAUCAAGCUGCAGUUUUUGGAUCUGAACAUGCGCAAAGGUAUCAAAGAAAUCUACUCUCACAUGACCUGCGCCACAGACACGGAAAACGUCAAGUUUGUGUUUGACGCUGUAACCGACAUCAUCAUCAAAGAGAACCUGAAGGAUUGUGGUCUCUUCUAA